AGGUACAUGAUGUAUAUAACCUAAGCAAGGAUUUCCCUGCACAACAUAUUAGGAAAACGUAGCCAAGUAACAUGCAAGAGAGGAUAGUAUUAAUGCGAAGAAUUGGACAACAGUGGAGGGGCGGUCACCAACUCCCACUUGCUUCACAAUAAGGGAAGAGAGUUUGCAAAUUUGAGUCAGAUAUUAUUUUGUUAUACAUGGACUUUCAACAGUCAUAGCCACUAUAUAUCUUCCUCUCCGACUUGGCCCCUUUGUCCCUUGGGAUCUCUAAGAUUGAGGGAAAUUUGUCUACUUUUUGCACAUUUUGACAUUUAGAGACUAGUCUUUAGUAGCAUGACUCUGUAUACUUUCUUCUUCAGUUAAAGCCCACGAACUGGUUUUGCUUCUUUUCAUACAAAAUGAUCUUCCAUUACAAAAGCUUAGUAGCUUACUGAUAUAUCACCGGUCAAGAGCCCAAAGUUUUUAUCUUUGCUUGCCCAUAUCUGUAACACGGUAACAAAAUUCCAGUCUCUGCUAUGUUCAGCUCUCUGUUGGCUGCAAAUGAUGACUUUGUGGGUACUUCCUGGAAGCUCUUGUUUGCUCAAGACGUCAUGUGCAUUGAGAGAAGUGGAGUUUUUGGAGUCUAAUUGGUGCUUCCUGUGAACCCAUUUUGUUUUCUUUUGACUAGUGGGUCGGUUACUCUGGUUCAUCUCUUAAAGAACCCAUCUGGAGAUGUGGUUUGAAGGGGUUGGAGACAAUAAAAUGUUGGGACUGAUAGUGACUCCUAGACACAAGCGUUCAAAGAGCUUCCCUGAUAAGAAAAGAUUUGAUGAAGAUGCAGUUGAUAAUUCAUUUGAAGCAUCGCACCGCAUAGGGCUGGAUAUGGGGCACUUGAAGGACUCUGUGAAGGCCAAGAAGAAACAAUCCCCUAAGACUGAAGUUGAAAUUUCUUUGAAGGAAGAGAUUCUACAGCUUGAAAAAAGAUUACAAGAUCAGUUUGAGGUCCGUCACGCUAUGGAAAAAGCACUUGGUUAUAGGACUUCCUCCCAUGUUAAUGCCCCUAGAAUGUCAAUUCCCAAGCCAGCCACAGAAUUAAUCAAGGAAAUUGCAUUGUUAGAAUUGGAAGUUGUACAUUUGGAACAACAUCUUCUUUCCUUGUAUCGUAAAGCUUUUGGUCAACAAAUAUCCUCAGUUUCUCCAUCCAGCAAGUAUGAAAGAUCAAAAUCACCUGUGACAACACCAAGAGGAAGGUCCUUGGAUGUUUCAAGACCUGAUACUAUGCCAAAGAGGGAAACUUCGGCUGUUCAAUCUGGUUGUGGGUCACAUGACAACCCAUGGAAGGAAUCCAGUGGUAUUGGGGGAGAAGAAAAGCUAUUAGAUUCUGGUGUUCAUCGCUGUCACUCUUCACUAUCACAACGUUCAGCAUUUCCAACUAGAACCUCUCCUCCAGAGGAGUCUUUAGGAAGAGCUGUACGUGCCUGCCAUUCCCAGCCAUUGUCCAUGAUGGAGUAUGCUCAUAAUGCAACAAAUAUAUUCAGUUUGGCGGAGCAUCUUGGAACACACAUUUCUGAUCAUGUUCCAGAGACACCUAACAAACUUUCAGAGGAUAUGAUCAAGUGCAUGUCAGCUAUAUAUUGCAAACUUUCAGACCCACCUUUGAUGCAUAAUGGCCUUUCAUCUCCCAAUUCAUCUUUGUCAUCAGUGAGUGCAUUUUCUCCACGGGAUCAAUGUGACAUCUGGAGUCCAGGGUUCAGGAAUAAUUCAUCAUUUGAUGUACGGCUGGAUAACCCUUUCCUUGUUGACGGACUGAAAGAAUUUAGCGGACCAUACAGUACAAUGGUUGAAGUGCCUUGGAUUUAUAGAGAUAGUCAGAAGUUGGGAGAUGUUGAACACUUGCUGCAAAAUUACAGAUCACUUAUCUGUCGACUGGAAGAUGUUGACCCUAGGAAGUUGAAACAUGAGGAGAAGCUGGCUUUCUGGAUCAACAUACACAAUGCAUUAGUGAUGCAUGCAUAUCUGGCUUAUGGAAUUCCGCAAAACAAUGUGAAGAGACUUUUUCUGCUCUUGAAGGCUGCUUAUAAUGUUGGGGGUUUUACAAUUAGUGCAGACACAGUACAGAAUUCUAUCCUUGGAUGCCGGAUGUCUCGUCCUGGACAGUGGCUUCGACUAUUACUUUCAUCUAGAUCAAAAUUUAAGACAGGAGAUGAAAGACAAGCAUAUGCAAUUGAAAAUCCAGAACCCCUUUUGCACUUUGCACUCUGUUCAGGAAGCCAUUCUGAUCCUGCGGUGCGUGUUUAUACCUCGAAGCGAGUAUUUCUAGAGCUAGAAGCUGCAAAAGAUGAGUAUAUCCGAGCUACAUUUGGUGUACGCAAAGAUCAGAAAAUUCUACUUCCCAGGAUUGUGGAAUCAUUUGCAAAGGAUUCAGGUUUGUGUCAGGCUGGUGUUAUUGAAAUGAUCCAACAGACAUUGCCUGUAUCUCUAAGGAAUUGUAUUAAGAAAAGCCAGCUUGGAAAGCCUCGUAAGAGCAUUGAAUGGAUUCCUCACAAUUUUACUUUUCGGUAUCUGAUAUCUAAAGAACUGGUAAGAUAAUUGCUUACUUGUAUCAUCCAAAGUUUUUAAUACCAGUUGAGUUCAUUUACACUGUUCUCAGAUUCUAUAAUUUUCAUUGUACAAAGUAGAAGAUGAAUUAUAAAAAUGGUUAGGAUAGAGCAAUGUGCUUUUUGAUACUGUACAAUGUGAUUCCCAGUCUUCCAUGCUGUGUCAGGGAAGUAUUCAUGAUUUUUGUAAUGCUGGAAAAGAAUGAAAUUGUGUAUUGAGCAUUGCACAUA